AGACGCAGCGGGACGCCGAGUUGGAGCAGAUUAAACGGACGCCCCACAAACGCUGUUGAAAACGGUUCGGGAAAAACCAAAAUAAAACCCACGUCAGCGUGUACGACCACGACGCAAACCUUAAGGCAUGGAUGAAACGGUGGUCCGUCCUUCGUUGUGUCAGUUGAACUGGGGGAAAAUGAAGAAGUUUAAUAUUCGGAAGGUGCUAGACGGCCUGACGGCUGUGUCGUCCCCAUCACCGUCCCCGCACGUCGGGGCUAAGGAGAACGACUUCAUCAUCCCGGAGACCCUUCAAUCCGAGCACUUUCAGCUUUGCAAGACGGUCCGUCAUGGCUUUCCAUAUCAGCCGUCCUCUAUGGCGUUCGACCCGGUCCAGAAAAUCCUCGCCGUCGGGACCCAAAGCGGAGCGCUACGACUAUUUGGUCGCCCCGGUGUGGAAUGCUACUGUCAGCAUGAGAGUGGAGCGGCCGUUAUCCAGUUACAGUUCCUUAUCAAUGAGGGGGCGCUAGUGAGUGCUUUAGCUGAUGACAGUGUUCACUUGUGGAACCUGCGUCAGAAGAGACCAGCCGUGCUGCACUCCCUCAAGUUCAACAGGGAGAGGAUAACAUUCUGUCAUCUGCCUUUCCAAAGUAAGUGGUUGUAUGUUGGCACUGAACGAGGAAAUAUCCACAUUGUAAACGUGGAGUCCUUCACCCUCUCAGGAUACACUAUCAUGUGGAACAAAGCCAUUGAACUUUCCUCCAAGGCCCACCCUGGUCCUGUCGUCCACAUAAGUGAUAACCCAAUGGAUGAAGGCAAGCUCAUAAUAGGAUUUGAGUCUGGCAUCGUGGUACUGUGGGAUUUGAAAUCGAAGAAGGCAGACUACCGCUACACAUACGACGAGGCGAUCCAUUCUGUGGCCUGGCACCAUGAGGGGAAACAGUUCAUCUGCAGUCACUCAGAUGGCACACUGACCAUAUGGAAUAUAAAGUCCCCAGCCAAGCCUGCACAGACAAUCACCCCACAUGGAAAGCAGCCCAAGGAUGGAAAAAAGCCAGAACCAUGCAAACCCAUUCUCAAAGUAGAGUACAAGACAACAAGAACAGGGGAUCCCUUCAUGAUCCUAUCAGGCGGUUUAUCAUAUGACACGGUGGGCCGGCGGCCAUGUUUGACUGUGAUGCACGGGAAGAGCACGGCAGUGCUGGAGAUGGAUUAUCCCAUUGUAGACUUCCUCACACUCUGUGAAACGCCAUAUCCUAAUGAUUUUCAGGAACCUUAUGCUGUAGUCGUCCUUCUGGAAAAGGAUUUAGUUGUUAUCGACCUUGCACAAAAUGGCUACCCUAUCUUUGAGAACCCAUAUCCCUUGACGAUCCACGAGUCUCCCGUGACGUGUUGUGAGUAUGUCGCUGACUGCCCCGCAGAUCUUAUUCCUGCACUUUACUCGGUCGGCUCUCGCCAGAAACGUCAGGGCUACAGCAAAAAGGAAUGGCCUAUUAAUGGUGGAAACUGGGGCCAAGCCACACAAAGCUACCCUGAAAUAAUAAUAACCGGCCAUGCUGAUGGUUCAUUGAAGUUUUGGGAUGCCUCUGCAAUAAUGCUCCAGGUGUUGUACAAGCUGAAGACAGCCAAGGUCUUUGAGAAGGCACGCGGAAAGGAUGACAAGCCAAGCACGGAGAUCGUGGACGAGGACCCGUUCGCCGUGCAGCUCCUGUCAUGGUGUCCGGACAGCCGCGUGCUGGCUGUCACCGGUGUGUCCGCCCACGUCAUCAUAUACAGGUUCAGCAAGCAGGAGAUCACCACCGAGGUCAUCCAGUUACUGGAGGUCAGAUUGCAGUAUGAACUAAAUGACCUUGAGUCACCAGAAGCGGGUGGGGACCAGACACCAGCGCCUCCUGCUUCCAGCACCUCCCCUAGUCCACAGACCGCCGCCCCCCAGACACACCAUUCCACCAGCAGCAACUCGUCAGAUGGAAUUAGAGAUAACGUGCCCUGCCUGAAGGUACGCAGUAGCCCCCUGAAGCAGUCUCCUGGCUAUCAGGUGGAGUUGGUCAUACAGCUGGUGUGGGUCAGCGGAGAGCCGCCCCAGCAGAUCAGCAGCCUGGCCAUCAACUCCGCAUACGGCCUGGUGGUGUUUGGCAAUAGCAAUGGUCUAGCGGUGGUAGAUUACCUCCAGAAAACUGUUCUCUUGAAUCUGAACACCAUGGAACUGUAUGGAUCUAAUGACCCCUCCCAGAGACAACCGCGCUCACCUCGAAAGAGCAGGCAACCUUCUGGAGGGCUCUGCGACAUAAGUGAGGUAUCAGCAACAUCAGAGGACCGCUGCAAAUCCCCCACCUCAGUCUUGACGCCAAACCACCAUCAGUUCUACAAUGGCGGAGGUAGAGCAAAGAUGUCACGGAAAUUAAGCUUGCCUACUGAGCUAAAGCCCGACUUGGUCCUGCUCUCUGUAUGUCCCCCGCGUGGUGCCGUCCCCCUAGACAACAGGGACAACUCCUUCAGCCGGUCAAGGAGCUCCAGCGUGACUAGCAUAGACAAGGAGGGCCGAGAGGCAAUCACGGCAUUCUACUUCUGCGAGACAUAUGCACGCAGAGUAGACGUCGCUCCGACACCGGCCCUGUGGGUGGGCACGUCCUUGGGCACACUCCUCACCAUCUCCCUGGGUUUGCCCCCUGCUGGAGAGCAGAGGUUACUGCAGCCGGUCAUCGUCUCGCCUGGUGGCACCCUCAUCAAGCUAAAGGGCAGCAUCGUCCGGAUGGCCUUCCUGGACGCCACGGGCUCCCUUUUGCCACCCGCCUCAGAGGCGUGGCAUGAGCCCAAUGCACCGGCCAAUGGUGAGGAGCGGGAGCGGCCACGGAGGAGGCGGCCAGCGUCGGCCUCGCCCCCUGCCGGUGCCCAGGAGCUGCCUGAGAGCCAGUAUGCCGUGGUGUGCUCGGAGAAGCAGGCCAAGGUGAUUGCACUGCCUUCACAGGCCUGCGCCUUCAAGCACAAUAUAACGGAGACAUCCUUUGUGCUGCGGGCUGACAUGGUGCAGGUGGGCACCGGCGUCUGCCUGGCCUGUUUCUGUGCCAACGGGCAUAUCAUGACACUCAGUUUGCCGGGACUGAGACCACUGCUGGAUGUCAACUACCUGCCCCUGACAGACAUGCGGAUAGCCAGGACUUUCUGCUUCACCAAUCUGGGCCAGGCCAUGUACCUGACAUCCCCCACAGAGAUCCAGCGGAUCACCUACAGCCAGGAUGUCUGUGAGAACCUGCAGGAGAUGCUUAGUGAGCUGUUCACUCCAGUAGAGACCCCAGAAGCUCCGAACAGGGGAUUCUUCAAAGGCCUUUUUGGAGGAGGAGCACAGUCGCUGGACAGAGAAGAGCUCUUCGGGGAGUCUGGGGCAGGAAAGGCAUCUCGAAGCCUUGCCCAGCACAUUCCUGGCCCAGGUGGCAUCGAGGGCAUGAAGGGUGCAGCAUCGGGCAUCGUAGGCGACCUGGCCCGGGCGAGGAUAGCGCUGGAUGAGCGAGGCCAGAAGCUCAGCGAGGUGGAGGAGAGGACGGCAGCCAUGAUGGCCAGCGCUGAUUCGUUCUCUAAACACGCCCAUGAGAUGAUGUUGAAGUGUAAGGACAAGAAGUGGUACCAGUUCUGACCUCUGGACCAGGACAGAUCCACCUUCCUACAGAGCAUCAUCCUUUUCUUGUCCCUCCCAUCAUUGCCUCCUCCGUUUGUUUUCUGCUGGUCCAGCGGGACCCUCCAUUCUUUCCUGGCGCGGUGUGAAAUUCUGGACCUCAGUCCUGUUGUUGGAACUGGCUGGGGUUGAGGGGAGGUGGUACAAGACGGACCAGAGUUUCAAAGAUAACAAUAUAACUACUCUGCCGAUAUAACUACUAUGACAGUGGGUUUUAUUUUUUCUUUCCUUUUGCUUUGUUUGUUUAUAAUUGCUUCCUAUUGUGGCAAAUCAUUUUUAAGGACUGUGGAAUUAUAUUCCACAUUAUAUUCAUGCUGUUACUUCUACAUCCAUUGCCAUAGUCCUGAAAGGGAACCCAGUAAGGGAAAAUACAAAUAGAAGCUUAACAAUAAUUAAUAAAUGAUCAAUAAAAACAAGCACUCUAUAAUGUCAUGUUCACACUGACUGACUGUCAAGCUCACCCAAAAGAGAAGUGGGUGAAGAAUUAGAAGAACACCUAUUCAAAGGAAGUGAUGUCACUGUCAUGGAGAUGUGCCAUUUCAAUGAACCCGAAAUUCCCUCUCCUUACUCAUUCCAGGACUCCCUGUGUUGGUUCAUGAAUUCACACUGACUGAUAUAUGUAUACAUGUUUUUUUUUUAACCAUUCUUCUAGGUUGUGGUCCUGUAGUGUCUAUUCUCGGAUUUAUUUCCUUUUUUAAAAAACAAGAAACUCACAUUUUAAUAUUAAAUAUUUAUUGUAAAUGUUU